AAGAAGAAUUGCCGCGGCCGGUUGAACAAUUCAGUUUCGUUCGAGACUGUUUGAGGUGUUUCGUGAAUGAAAGUUUUAGUUCAGGCGAGUCGUAUCAGUGAUAUAGCUUGGUUGAUGAUUGAUGAUAGAGUUGGAAGUGUAAAGUUGCGAUUUUGCAGGAUGAGUGUCUCUUGAAAAUUACAAAAUCCAAAGAAGAUCGUAGUAGAAGUUUAGUGCACUCGAUUUGUCGAUCGUUGUGUAAAUCAACGUCGAUUCUAAGCUCGCGUUAACCAUUGAUUCAUUCUCGGAUGAGAGAGUGAUCUCCGGAUCGACGUGUGACAGCCAUGGAAUUGAAUCGUCGCGGGAAAAUAAACGAAAACGACAGUCGACAUUGAUUCUAAUUAUUGCAAUUCUCGAACAGCUUUUGGAAACGAAAUACGUGAAGGUAAUAAUAGCAGAUGGCAGACGAGCUGCUGUUCUCGGCCCUCGGGCUCGACACGAGUCCGACGUUUACGGAGCGACACGACCUGUCGCCGAAUUCGACGAGUUUUUUCUCCGACUAUGAAACUCCCUGCACCACGCCAUCGAGCGAGAAUUCGGAAUUUCACGAGAGCCUGGAAAACCCAACGAGUGGAAUGCAGGACUUUUACACGGACUCGGUAUACUCGCCGGAAGUCCCGUGGAACGACUGGACCAUGAAUACAUCGGCACCUGCGGGCGAGCUGAGCGACCUGGUGUCGGACCUUGAGUGGUGUCUGGACAAAGAAUGGAAUACAGGCCUCCCGGUGCGAACACCUCUCUGCACACCGGGAUGCGAAGACUUCCUGCAUCUACCCCUACCGAAACCACAGCCUCAGUGCUUGCAGCUUGAGGAGCCGCUACUGGUUCUAGGCAUCGAUCUCAGAUCCAUAGAAGACAAUCUUGGUACUACUUUAGACUUCAAUAACAAUCAAUCGAACGAGAACCUCGAGGCGAGCACAGCUGACGCAGCUCUGGCAACUCACGACUACACGAAUCGCAGCUUAGCCCAGGCAGCUGAGGACCGUUGCUUUCCCUGCACAUAUCAAGGCUGCGCAAAGGUCUACGCGAAGGCCUCGCACCUUAAGGCCCACUUGCGCCGUCACACUGGCGAGAAGCCGUUCGCCUGCACGUGGACGGGCUGUGGCUGGCGUUUCAGCCGCUCGGACGAGCUGGCCCGACACCGACGCUCUCACUCCGGCGUAAAGCCCUAUCCUUGCGAUCUCUGCGCCAAGCGUUUUGCCCGCAGUGACCAUCUGGCCAAGCACCGCAAGGUCCAUCGCAAGAACGCCUACAACGCGCUCUUCCCUGGAGAAACAGUUCGUGGAUUCCGAGCACCUAAGAACACGGCCAACAUCGCUGUCACCGCCGAGGCUUGAUGUGGAGGAGAGUGAUAUGAUUCUCACGUAUUAUUCUUGCGAAGAUUUCCGGGAGAAACAAAGACCAAAGAGAUGAGUCUUGCCUUUUUUCGUAUGAACAUGUGCCGAGAGUGCGAGCAGAGAGUGUGGACGAUUGUUACUAAUCCUAAUAGAUGCGUGGUAUGUGUCGAGGAGGAUGUAAAUGCUGCACACGAGUAGAGAGGAUGUUCAUCUGUCAAUGAGAUUUAAUAGAGCUUCCAUAUGUGCCUUACGUUAUGACUAAUAAGUUUAGCUAUUAAGCGUAAUAUCGGAUGUUAGAACAUCUUGAUGAAAUGCAACCAGGUUUACUAAUUGUUAUUUUGUUAAAAAUACUGCAAAAGUCGGGAUUAGAACUAUGAAUUAGAACGUAAGUAAAAUAUAUUUAGUCAGAUUAUCCAAAAACCUAUUGCUGCUAUUGAAAUUGACUAAUAUAUAACGUGAUAAAAGGAAUGCCAAACUUCGAUGCCCGAGAUUUUGCAAAAAUUAACUUGUCUGACUAAGUAUACUUAUACCGCUCUCUAAUUUUAUAAAAAUAUAUAAUUAUCUUAUGAACACCACAUUGUAUGAUAAGCUUUUGAUACUUUCAUGUUUAGUUAGCUUAAAUAAACAAUAAGUUGUUUUAAGAUUUGGAUUGUAAUCACUGGACAGAAGAUGUACAGUUUUGUAGCUAAACGUCCAACUUUUACUAAGAUUUACCUCCUUUAAUGGAGCAUACAAUGAAAUCACUGUACCCAUAGAUAAUUUGUCUCGCGGCAGUUAUACUUAUAACAUAAUGCGUAUUUUUACAUUAUUUUAAAUAUACAAUGAUAAGUAUAUAUACAUAUAAGAAAAUAAAAGGCUUCCUACUUAA